UAUACAACCUUAGUAUCUCGUUUUGGCUUUUCACAAUCUAUAUCAAAUUACGCCUUUUAGUUCUGUCCUCUUGACAAAUAAGAGGGUGGUAGGGGAACCAAGCCUUAAACACCUUAAGGCUUCUUUUCAGAACACUUCAAAUCAACAUGAAGGGCGCACGGGAAGUCGCUCUCUUUCUCCUCUUUGCAUCGGUGUUUGGCGAACCCGAGUCCUUUGAAGGGCAUAAACUGUACCGCUCUUACCCAAAGAACAAGGAUGACGUAGCUUUCUUGGAUAAGAUUCUCAAAGCGGGAGAUGAUGGGAUUGACUUUUGGACAUAUCCUACGGAGUCUCUCGACCCUGUUGAAAUCCGUGUUCAACCAGUCGCCGUGCAGAAACUUGAGGCCCUUUUGAACGGUGCCAAUAUUGCCUUUACAGUGUCAACGCAAGACGUGAACAAGAUUAUCCAACAGGAAAAGGGAACUGCAAGAGCUGGGGGAUUUGACGGCUCAUAUCACAGAGUCGGAGAGAUCCAUUCUGAAAUUCGAAAACUUGCUUCUGCGCACUCCGAUGUUGCCUCUACUUUCUCUUUGGGAAAAUCCCUCCAGAGCCGUGACCAGCUGGCUAUUAAGAUUAAGUCUGGAUCAGGAAAGAAGCCUCUCUUUUUUUUCAACUGUGGAAUUCACGCCAGAGAAUGGAUCAGCCCAGCCACGUGCAUGUAUAUAAUAAGACAGAUGCUGGCCACUCGUAAAACCAACUCAGAUGUUAAGUUCAUGCUUGAUAAUUACGAAUGGAUCAUUCUUCCAGUAUUCAACGUGGACGGAUACGAAUAUACUCACACUAACAAUCGUAUGUGGAGGAAGACAAGAAGCCGAAACAGUGAUGGAAGUUACGGUGCCGACCCCAACAGAAAUUUCAAUUAUCACUUUGCAGGAAAGGGAACUUCGCAGACUCAAAGUAGUGACAUAUACACCGGAUCACGUCCAUUUUCCGAGAAAGUGACUUACAACGUGGGAAAAUAUCUUUACCAACGCAGGGCAGAAUUGAAAGGAUACAUUGAUUUUCACGCGUACAGUCAACUGUGGAUGAGUCCCUGGGGAUACACGAAUGCGUACCCUCCACAUUAUGACCAGCAGAAAAAAGCCAUGCAGGCUGCUGUUAAUGCGCUUCGAGCUGUGCAUGGAACCAGCUACAAAUAUGGACCAGCUGCCAUCACCAUUUAUCCCACAACCGGGGACACGACUGACUGGACGUUUGGUGUCUUAGGAGUAAUACAUUCCUACUGCGUAGAACUCCGGCCGAAAACCUAUAGUCAGGGGGGAUUUAUACUCUCACCGGAUAAGAUUAUCCCCGUGGGAGAGGAGACGUUUGCAGGCUUGAAAGCCCUUACGAGAAACAUGUGAUGAGAGAGAAAAAACACUAAGGAAAACAUCAGUAGUUGUUAAUUAAGAAAAAAAUCAUUGGUGAAUGUAGUUUGUAACGUUUCUUCGAAACUGAGAAUUAAACAAAAAACAACUAAA